AAAAUCAAACAAGAAGGUACUCUGUUCAUCAAACAGUCAGACAAUCAGUGCUUGAAGAAUGAAUUUACGCAGCCGACGGAAUCGGUAUCGCGUAAGAUAAUUAAUUAUGUUCCUUUCUUUGAUCAUCGCGUCGUGUUUUAUUAUUUGGAUACUACAUAGAAGAUACGGUACAUCACAUGCUAUGGAGAAAAGGAAUAAAACUACACAUUUGAUUCCAAAUAUUGAUCGUAAAGCAUCUGGAGCCAAUUGGGCUAUGUAUAAAAACUUGAUUUCCAAGCCAAAAACAGAAAAAAGCAACGAGGGGAACAUUUCACAAACUAAAAAGCAUCCAAAAUCUCUAAAAAUGCACGCUACUUCACGUCAUGCAAAUUCAGAAAAUGAGAAUAAGAGGCAUAAUGCUACCAAAAAUAAACAGGAAAAUACUUUGACGAAGCAGAUUGCUAUAGACUGCGAAAUGGUUGGAAUUGGCGAUGGCACAGAAAGUAUGGUGGCUCGAGUGUCAAUUGUAAAUAAAUAUGGUGAUUGUAUGUACGAUAAGUAUGUCAAACCAAGGGAGAAGGUUGUGGAUUAUAGAACACCUGUUAGUGGUAUUCGACCAGAGCAGUUAUUAAAUGGAGAGGAAUUCAGUGUUGUACAAAAGGAAGUGGCGGACAUGUUCAAGGGCCGCCUUCUAAUAGGCCAUGCGUUGAAGCACGAUCUUGAUGUACUGUACCUGUCUCAUCCACGUAGAUACCUACGUGACACUUCGAGAUAUAAACCCUUUCGACAGUUAUCGAAAGGUAAUACCCCCAGCCUAAAGAAGCUUACGUACGAAUUGUUAGGCAAGCAGAUACAAGUGGGCGAACACAGUUCCGUGGAGGAUGCGAGAGCAGCGAUGCAGUUGUACAUGAUGUACAGAAAUAAAUGGGAAUCGGAAAGAAAGACACGCUGACGCUUCCAUUUGUGCCACAUUACAAAACGAACAUUCACUUCAAAUCUUUCAUCGCACGUUUAUUCUGUCCAAUACCCACCGACAAUAUGACACAUUUGUGUACUAUAUUUCAAAUUUUUUAGACAUAUUGUUGUGCGACCGAUAAAAAUAAUGCUGUUUCUGACAAUCGUGUCAACCAAUAAAAAAUUACAAAGAAACGUGCAUUUCCAUGUGAUCAAAGUAUCGAGUCAUGUGAUAAUGACCGAUAAAAUUUGUAUUUUAAUUAAUAAAAGUAUAAAUAUUUUAUCUCGUAA